CGUCUUGAUGUGUAGCAACAGCUUAGAGGGGCUCAGGUUUCCGCGGCGUUGGCUAUAUUUAUCUCUGGGCCCAUGCCAGCGGGGAGGGUUUAAAUGGCACCCAGCAGUUGGCGUGAGGGGCUGGUGGCAGGAACGAGCCUCUUCCGACCCCAUGGAGCUGUAUGAGACACCCCCCUACUUCUACCAGGAGCCCCACUUCUACGACGGGGAGAACUACCUGCCCGCGCACCUCCAGGGCUUCGAGCCGCCGGGCUACGAGCGCGCCGAGCUCGGCCUGAGCCCCGAAGCCCGGGGGCCCCUCGAAGACAAGGGGCUGGGGACCCCCGAGCACUGCCCGGGCCAGUGCCUGCCGUGGGCGUGCAAGGUGUGCAAGAGGAAGUCGGUGUCCGUGGACCGGCGGCGGGCGGCCACGCUGCGGGAGAAGCGCAGGCUCAAGAAGGUGAACGAGGCCUUCGAGGCCCUGAAGAGGAGCGCCCUGCCCAACCCCAGCCAGCGGCUGCCCAAGGUGGAGAUCCUGCGCAGCGCCAUCCAGUACAUCGAGCGCCUGCAGGCCCUGCUCGGCGCCCUCAACCAGGAGGAGCGCGGGCUGCGCUGCCGCGGGGGCGGCGGCGGGGGCGGGCCCUCGGCGGGGGUGGCCAGUGAAUGCAGUUCCCACAGCGCCUCCUGCAGUCCUGAGUGGGGCAGUGCCCUGGAGUUCGGCCCCAACCCAGGGGACCACCUGCUCACAGCGGACCCCACCGAGGCCCACGACCUGCACUCACUCACAUCUGUGGUGGACAGCAUUGGCAUGGAGGACGUCUCUGUGGCCUUCCCGGAUGAAGCCAUGCCCCGCUGAGGGCGUCUGCCAGGCUGGCCACUGGCGGCACCACAGCCGCAGUGGGGCCGCCUGAGGCGGCCAGCCUACCCCUCCUCACGCGCGCAAGGUCAACCCACCACCCUGAGAGCGAGUGGGCACGCUCACUGAGCUGACCGCUCAGGGCACAGGCCAUCCCGGCUCCAGAGAGAUAACGCAGGGGACCAGGGUGCCGUGUGCGCCCCACUCUGGGCACACUCAGGAGCUUCCCUUUGAUCCCAGCGCAGCCUCCGAUGCCACCCCCACCCCCACACAUCUGUGUGCCACAGACACUGCCCUGACCGCCGACUCCUGUCUCUCUCCGAGGCCAGAGGUUGGGCUGGGCCUGCCCUGAGCUGGGAGAAGAGAAGGGGACAGCCCUCUGUUCCCAAGUCCCUGGGGGGCCAAGCUUCUGCGGUGAACCCUGGGAGUCUUCCAGUGGCUUUACGUUUUGUUUGUUUUGUGUGUUGUUUGUGAAGCUGCCAUCUGACCAAUGUAUCCUGUGCCAAGUUGCCAGGGACGGGGGUCCGGGGAGGGGAACAGGGACCCUUGGGGUGAUUUCUUUUGUUAACUAAGCAUCGUGUGGGUUUGCUAUUGUUUUGUAAUUUUUUUGCUAACUUAUUUGGAUUUCCUUUUUUAAAAAAUGAAUAAAGACUGGG